GUCAUCAGGAUCAGGCAGGCCCGUGGGAUACAUACUGAGUUAAAAGCACACAACUGCUUAGACUAUCCCCGCUGUGUACACUAGGAAGGCCAGCUGAGAGCGGCAGGGUGUUGUGAGAAGACACAAAGCAGAACAUCCAGGAUGGCAGGGAGGAGACGAGGCCGGGGAAACAACGCCCAGCAGCACCAGGCCCCACAGCACCAGAGAGCGGGCCCUCGCGGGUCUCAGCGGAAGCCGGCUGCUUUUGCCAAGUCCACAGGUUGUGAUUCACAGACCCCCCAUGACAAGCUGACCAUCACCCAGGCACGGAGGGGCACACCAGCCAAUCGUCCUGUGCGAGUCUACGCUGAUGGGAUUUUUGAUCUUUUCCAUUCGGGACAUGCUCGAGCUCUGAUGCAGGCCAAAAAUGUGUUUCCAAACACAUACCUGAUAGUAGGAGUCUGCAGUGAUGAACUCACUCACAAGUUAAAGGGCUACACGGUGAUGACAGAGGACGAACGCUACGACGCCCUGACACACUGCCGCUAUGUUGACGAGGUGGUGCGGGACGCUCCCUGGACGCUCACCACAGAGUUCCUCCAUAGACACAAGAUUGACUUUGUGGCCCAUGAUGAUAUUCCUUACACUUCUGCUGGAUCAGAGGAUGUCUACAAACACAUCAAGGAAGCAGGGAUGUUCGUGGCCACUGAGAGGACAGAAGGAAUCUCCACAUCUGAUCUGAUCACUCGUAUCGUCAAAGACUAUGACAUUUAUGUUCGACGCAACCUGCAGAGAGGCUACACAGCCCGAGAACUCAAUGUUGGAUACAUUAAUGAAAAGAAAUAUCGACUCCAGGAACAAGUGGACAAGAUGAAAGAGACGGUCCGCACGGUGGAGGAAAAGUCCAAACACUUUGUCUACAGGGUGGAAGAGAAGAGCCAUGACCUCAUCCACAAGUGGGAAGAGAAGUCGCGAGAAUUUAUCAGCAACUUCCUGGAGCUUUUCGGACCUGAUGGAGCAUGGCAUGUGAUUCAGGAGCGCAGUGGCCGGAUGCUCCAGGCCCUCUCUCCCUACUCCUCACCCCGUGGCUCCCCCAGCAGCAGUCCAACCAGAAGACGACGCUCCCUUUCUCCUUACUCCUCCUCUGCCUCCCCCUCCCAGUCUUCCUCCUUUCUCUCCCCUCCUCCCUCCCCCUCCUCAGUUUAAAAGGCCUAUAUUAAAGAUUCCUCCUCAGAAAAAACAAUCUCAUCAUGAUUUGGCCUAAACGUCGGCCACAUAAACGUUUAUUGGUCCAUUAUCUGGUCCAUAAUAUGGAACUAAUGCUGGUUUAAUCAAAUCCAUGUAAAUAAAGGUGGUUACAAAGCUUGGA